AUCGGAUGUAAUGACAUGGGUGUGGCUUGGCACGCCCACUACACAGAGACUACAGAAAAUAAGCCAAUUACGAGACAACUUCGGGUACGAAAUAAAUUCCGGUCCGCGGACAAACCUGGCCAGUUGAGGUUUUCAAUACGGGUGGACAGAAUGGAUCACCGUUGGGCCUGUUUGACCCUUUUCCUGGUGUUACUGGCGGACACGGCGAGAGGCCAAGGUUGUGGACUAUCAGCGUUUCGCCACGUCCCCGGAAAACAUUGUCCGGGAUAUGAGAAUCUCGUAGGCAGACCGACAGCUAGUUCUGCCGAGGCCUGUGCUCAAGCGUGCUGUGACAACUCUGCCUGCAAGUCAUUCCAGUACAGCACACGCCGCGACUGCUAUCUGAUAAGCAAGAUCUGUACUGAUGAGGAGAAAAAGACUGUAUCUAUUGGCAACAUGUACGAUCGGAUUCAAGCUUCCAAACGUAUGGUUGAGGCGAGGGAGACCCUGCAAGACUUACGCGACGUCUUGUUGGAUUUGGAGGAGGCAGCCGAGAUCGAGCAGGAGACCAGGGAGCUGGAAGACAUGGCAGAAGACGUCGAUAUGGUAGAAGACGCCGAAAAGGAAGUGAGGGAGCUCGAAGAAAUAGAAGAAAACGCCGGCAUGGCUGAAGAUGACGAGUGAAGGUCUUUCCAAACGCGCCUCAGCUCUCAAGCGACUAUCCUAUAACUAGCAAUAAGCUUAUCGGAAGUGGUCAUUUAUGACUCCACACAACUUCUUGUUAUCCCCGUCAUUGGGAAAAUAAACAAAUGACAGAACAACUCAUGUGAAACAGCAAAAAUUUUAAAGAACAACAAGUCGAUAGUAAUUCAAUGUGUAAAACAUAAAGACAGUUGCCUGGAUCGCUUGAGGGAUAUUGUAGGUGCCAUUUUGGAUUUGACAAUGGAGCACAGAAGUCGAGACAAACUAUAGAAUUACAUGUUUCUAACCUAAUGAGAUUUAGUUAUGGGGUUUAAGUAGCAAAGUUUUGAGAGAAGUUUGAUUUACAUGUUUCUAACACAAUGGGAUUUAGUUAUGGGAUUCAAGUAGUAACGUUUUGAGAAAAGUUUCAAGUACAAGAUUCUAACCUAGUGGGUUUAAGUUAUGGGGUUCGAGAAGCAGAGUUUCAACUACCAAAUCUUUUUAGGGAAUAAGGUGUUACAGGUACACACGCACGCGCACACACACACACAAAGGCGCUCUUACCACAUGCACAUUUAUAUAAUUUUACACAUAUUACACAAAAUUAACUGAACACCAAUGAUCUCAAAGUCACAGAACACCUUUUAGCCAUCGAACUGUAAUGAAGAUAAAGUUCUUUUAUGAUCUCAGCUCAUUUUCCUCAAUAUAACCUUCCAAGUUUCUGACAGCUUAUGGAAUCCUUUUGAUGAACAUAUUAGAUUUGUGGAAUUAUAAUAAAGUUGGUGUUCGGUUUAAA